UCCGACCUCACGGUAUAAUGUCUGACGAUCCGAUUACCAAACAUCCGUACGAGUUCUAAGCGGCGCGAACCACCAUGGACCCGCAUGCCAUUCGUACCUGUAUCGAAUAUCCCAUCUCCGUUUGUAUUAUUUUUUCCUCCUUCGCUAUUACUACAACACAUAUCACGCCAGUCCCACUUUUUGGUUGGAAGAAGGGGAAACAGCCCCGGACGCUUUGCGCGGAAGUACGGUUCCCAACAAACGGAGACGUGCAGAGAAAUUUCUCGUGGCCACGACAAGAGAUAGCUAUGCCACAUACAAAAAAAAUUGCUGACCGUUUAAUUACACCGAUCGAUGGAAAAAGAGCGGCAAUGACAAAGAGAAUUACAUCUCAAUCAUCCCAUAGCCUGUGCGAUUGCACAUCCCAACAUCUAGUAUCGAAAUCGGCACACUCGCACCCAAGGUUUCGGAAAAGUGUAGCAUUCGAAGUCUGUCAAACCAAGCGCAAACAUUGCCAACGAACAUUCGAAAUCAACCCUGGUGGGUCGCGUGACGCUUCACUAGAUGAGAUAAUGCUUUCGCAACCAUUCCGGAGCAAACAAAGUUGCUGAAGGGGGAAAAGAGUGGAAACAGUGCAAAAUGCAAAUGUCCGAAAUGCUGUAACCUCCUUCUGCCCAAAGUCAUGGGAAGUGUUUGUUUCCCAUCGCCGAUCCAAAAUUGCGUACGCGAUCACAGUAUCACAGAUCCAUAGUGACCCAACAUGGUGUCGUCCUCCUUCCCGGCGGCCCGUCUCGGCUCGGUCUGACGGAUGUCGAUUUCUCCUGUAUCAUCGUCAAGCGCACUCGUCUUGCAACGUUCCAGAGAUGAAAUGGGUCGUUCCCAGGCCGAUGUCGGGGGGCAUUUAUAUGUAGAACUACACUCUUUGUACAUUGUCACCUCUAUCCCAGUGGUUUCCGUCAAACCAGAUGGUCAAGGCUACCAUUAUCAGAACAUCAGUUGCAAACAACGCUCUGCUUCAAAAUUUGUGUUUCGAAUCGGGUGGAUCUUUAUUUAUUUGAUCCGCCUACUUUUUACAGUUACUCCAUCAGCCUUCUGAUUGCAGGAAACAACACUUCAACUUCCAAUAAGAAAUGUUAGUUUGAUGCUUUCCACGCUAUUCGUUUUGAUUAUUCGCUGUCUUUCCCUCAUAAUCAUGUACAACUACCUUAUAUGUAGCCAACGAAC